AGGGUUGUACAGUGCGCAUGACAGUAAGUAACUUGUUGGCACGGAAAGCGUUUCAAAGCGGCAGUGCGGCGUCCGACGUCCUCAGCGUAUCCCGCUGGGGUUUACCGCUCCCGGACUAAGUUUCCGUUACGAAAAAUCCGCGAAAAGCGUUCGGAUUUCGAAUUCGAAAUGGAUUAGGCGUGUUUUGUUUUUGAUUGACUUUUCUGCCAUGUUGGAAACGGGGUUUCACGCAACAUGGAUACAACGUGACUUUAAAGAAAUUAAGAUUGAAUUUGAUGGAAUUAUUGAACUGUAAGUGUUUGUGAUGGCGUUGAAGAGACUUGUUAUCGUCUGGGCGGUCUGGCUGGCGUUGCCAUUGGCAACGGGCCAUCUCAACGUGCUCAUCAGCCAGGCUGAAGUGAUGAAAUUGCUCGGUCUCGACGCAGAACUAUACUACGUGCGAGAAGGCGUGGUAAACACCUAUGCCACAGGCUUCAUCGUACCGGUGCCUGCGCACAUAGCAGACCUGGAGUUUAUGUGGCAGUCCUUGGGCAGGAAACCAUUACCGUACGUUAUGGACAUAGACUACGAGAGCCGAGGCGCGAUGCUGCCGCCGCAAGUCAACAUCUCGGAGAGGGGGAUGGUGCCCACCAAGUUGCAAGCUUUCAGAGUACGCUUGCCCUGCACCGGCAGCAGAAGCGCUGAGAUUCUGGUGACAAUGCAACUAAACAUUUCGGCUCCUGAUCGCGCCCACAAAGAUGUACGGCUUUUGUUUAAAAGGAACAAGAUCUGCUUGAAAGGUCUAUCAACAGUAGUCACCCACAACGAAACCGCUAUGCUGGCGGGCGACGCCACCUGCGGCUCCAGCGGCGUGACCUUCGCUGCUGGCGGCUGCGCGGCUGCAGCGCUGGCGCUGCUGGCAGCGGCGGCCGCGGCGGCCGCGGCGGGCACGCUUUACCGACGGGGCGGGAAGGCGCGCCAUCAUGAUUCUAUACAUACAUCAUAUACCACAGCAGCCUACGGCAGUCAUCAGAACGUCCUGCUACGAUUGGACACCCUCGGCAGACCACCGAGCUCCACUGGAUCUUAUGCUACUAUAGCCAGCCUACAUAAAUUUCCGUUUGGCAGCAGAAGAUCCCCUUCACCGUACGCGACGACCCACAUCGGAGAGCACGUGUACGCUAAACCCGAGUCCCGGGUGUCCUACUACGCAGCCUCUAAUCUCACGCACGUCUCGCAGACCACAAUAACCAAGGACCGCAUCACAGACCCGGCGGAGCAGCUCCGAAUUCUGACAACACCUCGGUCGAACAUUCGUCUCGAGAUCCUGGUUCAUGAGGGGACGUUUGGACGAGUCUAUAAGGGGGUGUACAAACGAGGGGAUACGUAUGAAGAGGUCUUAGUUAAAACCGUGUCAGAAGCAGCAUCGGCCAUGCAAGCAGCCCUGCUCGUCGCCGAAGGCCUAAGGCUGUGUGGCCUCGUCCACAACAACGUACUAGCACCAAUGGCAGCCUGCGCUGAAGAAGCACGGAAACCACUUCUAGUAUAUUGCUGCGCUUCUCACUCUUCUAAUCUUAAAAGGUUCCUAACAUCAUGUCGGCUAGGCCACCAGGCAUCACCAGCGACGCGGGAGUUAGUAGAGCUUGGUGCACAAGUGGCUUGCGGCCUGUCUUAUUUACACGUCCAACGUUUCGUUCACGCUGACGUCGCUGCGAGGAACUGCGUAGUCGAUGAGAAAUUGAGACUGAAGGUGACCGAUAAUGGCCUAUCCAGGGAUCUAUUCCCUGAUGACUACCACUGUCUUGGCGAUAACGAGAACAGACCAGUGAAAUGGAUGGCACCAGAAUCUCUUCUGCAGAACCAGUACACGACAGCUUCUGAUGUGUGGGCGUUAGGGAUAACGCUAUGGGAGCUGGCAACUCUUGGUGCUUCUCCAUUAGCUGAAUUGGAUGCUGCUGAUGUUGGAGCAUUCCUCAGCGGAGGCUAUCGGCCAUCUCAGCCACAUAACUGUCCGGAUGAACUGUAUGGCCUAAUGUCCUGGUGUUGGACCACUUCUGCAUCAGCGCGACCGACAGCACCUCAGCUUUUGGCGGCCCUUCAUGACUUCAGACAAGCACUUAGCACGUAUAUCUAACUUUGUUUAUUCAGGAUGUUUCAACAAUAUUUUGUUUGACCAUAUCACUGCUUUACUUUGUUUCAAAUAAGUAAGUAGCUUUGAAAUAUGUACAAUCAGCGGCAAAAGUUACUAAGCGGGCGAGGUGUUCAAUAUUAUCUUGACACCCUCUUAUUCUCUUAAUAAUAAAGUCGCUUCAAGAUCAUUUUGAACACCAGACCCGCUUAGAAACUGCUGCUGCUGACUGUAUAUUAAUAAAGAAUAUGCUACCUUUUUAUUUCUCCGAGACGUUUAACUUUUGGAAUAUUAUAGUCAAUUCAAAUAUCACUCGGCACUAUUUUUCGUAUACUUACUAAACCCAAAGUGCCUGCCAAAGAAUCUUAAAAUCCGCUAAGUAGAUGGAGCAUAAAAUGAUUAGGUAAAACCAAAGAUGUAAUGUCGGAUGGCGUAGCGCUUGAGCUAGGGAAUUGGUGUAGGAUAAAAUAAGGAAAUGCAAAACGGUGAUAUAUUUUUAAUUAAGUCAUAAGAACCUAUUAUGAGUACGAGUAUACCCAAAAUACUUAAUUAUCUUUCUUGAAAUGACGCUAGUUAGACCGUUAGGUAUCAUAGUAAGCGACAUUACGGCAGAAUAUUAUAACCAAAGCAAUUGAAAUGUCCCCAAAGACGGUUACCAAAGAUUAGGUAUAAUUUUAAGAUAACCUAUUACAUAUAUUAUAUGACUAGACAAAAAAGAAAUAUAAAAUAAAUAAGUUAAAUUAUCUAAACUAGGUUGGACAAAUGCAUGUAGUAAUUUGGUCUUGUAACAUUAUUUAUUAUAUUAUUUUUUCGAAUACCUACAGUUGGUAAUUACUCUCAGUUACCUCCUGUAGAGUCAGUUACCUACUGUCAGAGUAGUAACUACUCUCAGUUUUAGAAAUACGAUGUGAUUGUUAAUAUUAAUAAUAGUAGAUUUAUUUUAAAGCAUAUUGCAAUAUUUAGUUUGCCAUUGUUAAUUUGUUAUACAUAAUACAAUUUUUACACUUGUUUAAUGAUUGCACGAUUUACAUUUUUGAAAAAUUUGGACCAAUAUCGCCCAACCUCUUUUGUACAUACGAAAUCGAUGCAAAAGGAAUUUAAUUUUGAUAAAUAGAGCCGAUGGCUUUGAUUAAUUUAAUUGCGAUAUUAAUCGUUUUAGUCAUAAUUAUUAGGAUAGAGUUCCUGAGGACAUAAAAGUCCGUCCAGGCACAAAAGGAUACAACACCAAAGCAGUAGUUAGUCAUGAUAUAGUUGACGAAAUGGUUUCGAUGAAUCUACAAUUUAAUUAAAAAUUGAAAUGAAUCACUUAGAAGCAUCGACAAAGCAAUAAUAAUAAUAUCUCAUAAUAAAAUUGUUGUAGUGUCUGUACCCAUUGCUGUAAAGAUUCUUCAAAACCAUUAUUCGUGUAACUUUCAUGAUAAGAAGAUGUCUAUUAAACCACAAUUACUCAUAUAAAAUAUAUAAAUGUACUAUUCAAUAUAACUAGUACUUAAAACGGAAACAUAACAAUAUUCAAAUUGUGUAAAUAUAUGAAUUUAAAAAUCAAUGUCAGUUUUUUUCAAACCAUCGUAAUAGUAACAAGUACUUAAAUUGAGGUUAGAAAAUAAAUUUACUAACAAUUUCAAAUCGGUGUCGUCAUUAAAGGUAAAAUAUACGUGUAUUACAAAGUGAGAUUUAACUAUAGAUAGAUUAACCAAUUUCUUAUUAACUUUAUUAGGUACUUUUGCUUUUGUUUGUUGUUUGCUCAUUAUGUUUUAUUUAUUUUUUUAUUCUUCUUUCUUAUUUACUAAAUGAAUAUUGUUCAAUGCGUUAUCAGUAUUUCAGCUACCUCAACCAUAAUCUGCUUGCUGUUUAUUCUUAAGACCCUAAAUGCUAGUUACAAUAUUAUUCCUUCUAGUUGCUAUAUUACAUACACAAACAUAGUUUCGUUCGUUUGUAUUGUCUGUAAAUCUCAAAACUGGCGCAUAUUAGUGUCAUUGAAAUUUAAAUCAAAAACCUAACCUCGAUCAUCUUUUUCAUAUUUCACUUAUUAUUCUUUGAGAGAUUCUUUAUCUACCUUAAUUCCAAUGUCAUUGACAUAAUAUAUGUAUAUGCUAUUAAUACUUGUAUCUAAACAUGUUAUGGAUCAAACAGGGUCUUUAACUCUUAGGCAUUACCUAUACGUGUUUCUUAAUUUUAAUGUGUUGCGCUUUCUACUAAUACUUCGUAGCUUGAUGUUAACUUUUCUAUCGUAAAAUCGGUGUUCUUGUAAGAUUCUAGAAAUAAGCAGCACCCUAAAUAAAACGUUAGAAUAUAAUUAAAUCUUGUAAUUGCGCAAUCGGUAUUGAACAACAUGCAAAUAUGUAAGCUGAAAUAGCUAUAUUAUAAUGUUUUGUACUAAGAGGAGGAGUCAGUAA